GUAAAGCUUAUUCACAUCGACAGUGCAGAGUUUAUGGAACGCUACAACGAAUCGUAUUUACUCUAUAAGAAGUAUCAGAAAAUUAUUCACAACGACAACUCUACUUCAAAAUCUGGUUUCAAUCGGUUCCUCGUCGAUAGUCCUCUCUAUGACGAAGAAUUACCGCCGUUGACUCCGCAAUUGGCUUAUGGUUCAUAUCAUCAAUGGUAUAUCCUUGACGGUAAACUUUUGGCUGUGAGUGUGAUUGACAUCUUACCGAGAUGUGUUUCAUCGAAAUAUAUGUAUUAUGAUCCGGAUUACAGCUUUCUGAAUUUAGGGACGUAUUCAGCUCUGAGGGAAAUCUGUCUUACUCGUACGUUAUUGGAAACUCGACCGGAAUUGAAAUAUUAUUAUAUGGGAUAUUACAUUAUUACUUGUGAGAAAAUGCGCUACAAAGGAAGGUUUCGACCGAGCGAGCUUCUAUGUGAUAGGGCUCUGCAGUGGAUCGUACCCUAUGGCGAAAUCGGUGAAUUAACGCCUAGUCUUCAACAGCUACUCAAUUCACAGUCUGUUAUAGACAAACUGGAUUCCUUUGCCAAACUUAUUAGAUGUGAUAUGACUAGAUUAGUCGUGUACUUACCAGAACUGCAGAGUUAA